GAUGGAGGAAUCGGACGCCAAGCCUGCAUACGUUGUGGUAGUUGGAGUUUGAGUCGUAGUAAUGCCCCCGAGGCCAUGAGGCUGAAUUAUCCAUGCUGCGGUCAACGUGGACCGAGUGGAUUGAAGUCCAGCGCUCGUUUUGAGCUCUACCAGACUGCAAGCGCGAGUCCUUGAAGUAGGCUAGACCACCUGUGCUAGAUUCGAGGCCGCAGAAUCAAGCUCAAGCCGAGUCGGGGGCCGCGCCGCCCGGCGGCGCGUGCUUUCCCGGUAUCUUGGGUGUCCCCAGCGAGACAAACAUAGGUCAAGCCUCCUCGGAGUGGCGAAACGACACCAAUCACACACCCGCACUCGUGAUCACGACUCUAGAACUCUCCCGCCACAUCUCGCUCUAUAAAAGCGCCCCCCGUUCACGUUCACGGCGGCGCCCCGCUCUGCCCAUCCCCCUUCCCACCCCAGCCGAGCUCGACUUGAAUCCACCCCACACCAUGCGCGCAUACUACUUCGACGAUCUCCCGGGCGACCAGCGCCUCCCGCACGACUCGGGCAAGUCCGUUGACGCCGCGACGCUGUCCGCGAUCGGCGUGCUGCACUGGCACAUCCCCGUCGACGACGAAUCGGGGAAGCAUAUCGAGGGGAUCGAUGCUGUCGCGCGCGAGCGGGACUGUAAGAACCGCGACGUGAUCGUCGUGACGAAGGAGUCGCUCGGGGACGAGUACGAGACGAAGAUCAAGAACUUUUACAAAGAACAUAUGCACGAGGAUGAGGAGAUUCGGUAUAUCCUAGAAGGGGGCGGCUACUUCGACGUCAGAGAGCACGCCUCCGAAGCGUGGAUCCGGUGCCACAUGAGGGCGGGCGAUCUGCUGGUGCUGCCUGCCGGCAUCUACCACCGCUUCACGCUCGACGAGGGCAACAAGUCCCGCACGAUGCGCCUGUUCAAGGACGAGCCCAAGUGGAUCGCGCACAACAGGGGCCCGGAGACGGAUGUGAACCCGUACCGCAUCGACUAUGUCAAGAGCGUCGCGGUUGCCUGAGACUGUGGAUCAGAAGGUUAUUCGUGAACAAAUUAUGUAGGAUAGGAUACCUUUGGACAUCCCCUCUCGAAAAAAAAUCUACUAUAUGUUGUAGCGCCUUUGCAAAGCCCAAGCUGGCACCAUUUUUUAUUCUGGCUAUGAGAAGAUAUAUGCACCGCGGAUGAGUGAUACUCGAGAUGCGUCCAGCCG